AAAAUGUAUCGUAUCCCGCCAAAGUAUUAUAGCGAUAAAUUAUAAUUUUUGUUCACAAUCGUCGUAAAUUCAGUUUAGAGCGUGAGAGCAAGUUAAUUAGCACGAACAGCGAUCCAUCUCCAUUCGUUAACAAUAAGUUGAAUAAGUAUAUCAAAUCAAAUCAAUGGAUACUCCAGCGAUCGGAAUAGACUUGGGCACGACGUAUUCUUGUGUUGGUGUUUUCCAGCAUGGAAAAGUUGACAUCAUCGCUAACGAUCAAGGUAACAGAACUACACCGAGUUAUGUCGCCUUCACGGAUAACGAAGUAUUAGUCGGAGAUGCAGCCAAAAAUCAAUCAACGAGAAACUUGAACAACACCAUUUUCGAUGUUAAACGAUUAAUGGGUCGUAAAUUUGACGAUGUGACAGUUCAGGCAGAUAUGAAGCACUGGCCUUUCCAGGUUAUUGAUGAUAACAACAAACCGAAAAUUAAAGUUGAAAUCGAAGGCACUCCUAAAACGUAUUUUCCUGAAGAAAUUUCUUCGAUGGUAUUGACGAAAAUGAAAGAUACGGCCGAAGCGUAUUUAGGUAAAACGGUCAAAAAUGCUGUAAUCACGGUGCCAGCGUAUUUCAACGAUUCUCAGAGAGGGGCUACUAUUGACGCUGCCACGAUUGCAGGAUUGAAAGUAUUACGUAUAAUUAAUGAACCUACCGCGGCCGCCAUUGCUUACGGCUUGGAACAAAAAAGCCCCGAAGAGCGUAGCGUAUUGAUUUUCGACUUGGGUGGCGGAACUUUCGAUGUCUCCAUUUUAACUAUCCAAAAGGGUGUUUUUGAAGUGAUCUCAACCGCUGGUGAUACUCACUUGGGUGGUGAAGAUUUUGACAACCGAAUGGUCGAUCAUUUCGUCAAAGAAUUCAAAUCUAAAUACAACGAAGAUCUUACUCGUGACAAAAGAGCUCUACGUCGCUUGCGAGCCGCUUGUGAACGGGCAAAAAGAAUCCUAUCGACAGCCACUCUGGCCAAUAUUGAACUCGAUUGUCUCCAUGAUGGUAUUGAUUUCGACAGCUCGAUCACUCGUCCUCGUUUUGAAGAAUUGAACUCGGAUUUUUUCCAACGGAUAAUGAAAGAGGUUGAAAAAGCCAUUCAAGAUGCUAGAAUCAGCAAAACUGAAAUUGACCGAAUCGUUUUAGUCGGUGGCUCGUCUCGUAUCCCGAAAUUACAAGAAAUGCUGCAAGAGCUCUUCGAAGGGAAGGAAUUGGACAAAUCGAUAAAUCCGGACGAAGCAGUAGCCUACGGAGCUGCCGUUCAAGCAGCCAUAUUAAAUGGCGAUAAAUCAAAAGAGGUGCAAGAUGUGGUGUUACUCGACAUUACGCCGUUGUCGUUAGGUGUUGGCACGGGUGAAAACAAUGAAACCAUGAGUGUCAUCAUAAAACGUAACACUCCGAUUCCUGCUAGACACACUAAAGAUUACACCACACGGUUCGAUAAUCAAAAGAAUGUACAUAUUCAAGUAUACGAAGGUGAAUAUACUAAAGUGAAGGAUAAUCAUUUGCUUGGAAACUUCACUCUUCAAGGUAUCCCCCCUGCACUCGCUGGAACACCUCGCAUUGAUGAAACUUUCGAAAUUGAUGCCAAUGGUAUCUUAAAGGUAACCGCAGUUGAAAAAUCUACUGAUAGCACGAAUCAACUGACCAUUUUAUAUGAUAGAGAUCGCCUUAGCAAGGAUGAAAUUGAGCGUAUCAUCCAAGAUGCUGAAAAAAGUCGAAUCAGCGAAAAAAAUCGAAAAGAUGCAUUAACCGCGAAAAAUGCUUUAGAAUCGUAUUGUAUCAACAUCAAGAGCACCGUGCAAGAUGUCAAACUGAAACAUGAAAUUGAUAAAUUUGAUAAGGACAUGAUUUUGAAAAAAUGUGACGAAACCAUUCUCUGGCUGAAUACCGACCAGUCGGUUGAGAAAGAAGUAUUUGAACGUAAGCAAGAAGAAUUGAAAAACAUAUUCGAUGUAAUCAUUUCAAUAGCUAGAUGUCCUGAUAAAAAAAACGAUAAAUAUUGCGAAGUAUUGAAAGUAUCAAAAGAUGCUUCCCAAAAAGAAAUCAAACAAGCCUUCAGAAUGAGACAUAAAUUGAUUUUUGACCAAUGUCUUACGAUCUAUUUCAAUUUUUUAAACUGAAUUUCCACGGAAGUAGCUACCAAAUAUCACCCAGAUAAAUACGAAGGAGACAAAGAAAUAGCAAAUAUGUAUUGGCUAACCAUUCGUCGAGCAAAAGAUUCUCUAAUCAAUCUGGUGAGAGGAAUAUUCCGUAAUUAAGCUGGUGCAUGAAAGUUUACGAAAUACGAAGCUCAACGAUUUUUAUUACCCUUUAAUAGGUAUUUUAUAUUCUGAUUUCAACGCUAUAUUAUUUCGGUCUUUCAAGUUUGUAGGUAGUCGGUUCCAUCGCCUGAUGCGUUCUAAAAAGUAACGUUUUCGUCGUCAUCGCGCAUUUUAAGUACUACUUACAUAAAUAUUUUCCUCUACAGAUUUUAUUAAGUGUAGUUUUAAUUUCAUUUCCAACGGUUUAGUAAGCACUAGGCAGUAUCUGUGAACUGUAAUAAGUACCUAAGCAGAUUUGAAUUCUACUGUGCAAUUUUUCAAAAAUUUUCAAGAAUGAAAAAUUUAUUUUCAAAUUCAGAAAUUUAAGAAACAACCAAAUCAAAUACCUACAGUGUGGUUCUGGCAAAAAAAAGUGCAAAAUAAAAAAAAGGUGCGAAAUCCAAGAAUUGCAAAAAGCAUUAAAAUGUUGUGGUUGAAACUUCUUAUAUUGAAAAUAUAGCAAAUAUCUACUAUUCUAAUUGUGCGUUGUAAUUUUUUAUUUUAUAUUAUUCUUUGCUUGUACUUAUGUUUUUUUUUUAAGAUAGUCGAGAAUGAAAAAUGUACUGUUAGACUUGAAGUUAUUUGUAUUUAGUCAAUAGUGAUGUUACUUACCUAGUUGGCUACAGCAUUAUUUAUAAUCUAUGUAGUUACUACAUAAUGUUUUGAUAAAUAUAAUCAUUUUAUCAUAUUUAAUACAUA